AUGACCGUUCCCCAGGCACGCAACGACCUUGCGUACGCCGUGACUCGCGAUGUGCAGGAAGAGCUUGCCCAGCAGCGCAGGGAGAAGCGGCGCGGCGCGGGCGGGGUGAGCCCCGUGCAAUACCACAAGGAUCUACUGCUCGGCGACGAUUGGAACUGCAUGUUUCUCAACCAGCUCUGCCAAGGCGUGUCUCUGCACCGAUACGACGAGCCUCCAGAGCACGUGCUCGAUAUCGGGUGUGGCAGCGGUCUUUGGGCGAUCGAAGCAGCAAAGCAGUGGCCGAACGCGAGGAUUGUUGGUUAUGAUCAGCGCGAUAUACAACCCGACCUCACCCAGCUGAAUCUCGGAAUCGAGGUUAGAGAUCUCUCGCAACGGGUCCGUUGGGAACACGGGGACUUUUUGGACCCGCUUCCGUUUGAAUCAAACUAUUUUAAUCAUAUCCAUAUCUGCGGCAUUGGACUUGAGGUUCCCGAGGACUCAUGGCAAGAGCUGCUCGAGGAAUGCGCUCGGGUGCUCGCCGUUGGAGGGCAGCUUGAGGUCUUGGAGGAGGAUCCACUUUUCCCCGCCGGCAAGACUCUGCUAGAUACCACUGACAAGAGCUCAUUCAACACCAGCAUGCGCGGUCCUGAUGGUCAACGGAUACGUACGGACUCUACUGCAACGAACUUCACCACGAUGUCCAAUAUGACAACGGCGACAACAUCCACUUCCCGCACCGACCAUUCCGUGGCUUCUAGCUCCAACAUCCAGUUUACAACAGAACACAUUGCACCCUCCUCUAGUAUCGGUUCCUAUGUAUCCACUUCCUCCACAGUCGACUCUGCAGACUCUAUGUUUGCUCAAGACCAUGAAAAGCUUAAACGAGCCUGGGAGGCGAUGCUAGAUCAUAGGUUCAUAUGCCACCGCCUGACGAACGUCCUUCCCCUCUACCUCAGCUCCUUCUUCAAGAACAUAGAAGUACAUCCCACACUGCACGUUGUCCUUCCCCUUCCAUCCCGCGAUCGCGUUCCGGACAGCCUGGCUGAUCGCGAGAUCGAGCUUGCCGGUGAGGCGCUCGACGAAUGGACGACCAACAUGAAGGCCAACACCGUACAGCUCAACGGAGAGUCGCAACGGAAGUCCAACACUUCUACUUUACGCAAACGCCUUUCGAUGUCGAUCGUCACCACCUGGAAUACGUUGCAUCUGACACGCCAGCUCCGGUUGGUGACGGCGUGCAAAGAGGCAAUAUGGGAAGCAUACCGGACACUCGACGAUGAGCCACGAAGCUCGGUCGGGGUCCAACAGCCACGCCGAGAUGAUUUACUGGAAGAAUUCGAGCGCGAUUGGUUCAUUUGGGAGAUGGACAUGAAAGACCGAAUAGGCAUCCGUAAUCAUGUGCAGGACGCGCUCUUGUGGCAAGAUCCCGAAAUAAGAAGUAUGCGCUCGCACUCCCUUCGAUCUUCCGGGAGCCUGAAGAUCCACUACCCGACCGAUCCGGAGAAGGCCCCCAUCUGCCGCGCGAUUCGAGCGUUCUCUGCCGGCAAGGCGUACGGUAGUUUCGCCUGA